AGGAAAAGCCCGCGGCGCCCCACCCGGACUUAAAGCCCCUGGGGGGGGACGGCGCGCCCCCCAUGUACACAAAAGCGGAGCUGAGCGCCGCUACCGACAACUUCAAGCACAAGCUCGGCGAGGGGGGGUUCGGAGCGGUGUACAAGGGGUUCCUCAAGGUGGAGAGCGGUGCGGAAGCUGCAGAGUCAUUGGGCGUGGACCUGAGCGCGGUUUCUGACGGGGAGAUCCCUGUGGCGGUUAAGAUGUGCGCUGCUAAGGUUCUGAGCGCGCGGGAACAACUGAUGACGGAGAUGAUGGUGAUGGGCAAGCUGCGGCACCCCAACAUCCUGCGCCUACUGGGCGCGUGCAUAUCAGACGACAGCAUGGCAAUGAUCUACGAGUUUAUCCCCUGUGGGGACGUGCACGAGCUGCUGGAAGACGCGCGUGCGGGCAAGGAGGAGUUUAAAUUCGAGGACCGAAUGAAGGUGGCCAUGGGGUGUGCGGAGGCACUCUCGUUCAUUCACGGGCAGGAGUACGUUCACCGCGACUUCAAGGCUCCCAACGUGCUGCUGGCCGAGGGCCUGUCCCCGCGAGUGGCAGACUUUGGGCUGGCGAGGAUAGUGGAGAAUUGGAAGGACCAUGUGACGACGAGAGUGAUGGGGUCGCGGGGUUACAUUGACCCUGAAUACUUUGAGUCAGGCUACCUGAACGAGCACUGCGACACCUUUGCUUUUGGCAUCUUCCUUAUCGAGCUCGCCACAGGCCACUCGGUCCUCGAGGCCAAGUUCGAUGAUGUGGUGAACGGUGCUGUGCGGUCAGACGAGGUGGAUCUGGGUGCGGUGAUGGACCCGCGAUUGCAAGGGCAGUGGAGCGAGGAGCAGGCGAAGACGCUGCUGGGAGUGGCGAAAGUGUGUAUCACAACGGAUUGGGAUGACCGGCCCACCAUGGAUAACGUGGUUGAGAUGAUGCAGGGGGUGAUGUGA